AUGGGCCGGACCCUUUGGCGAAUACCCUGGCACAGAGAGCGCCAACCUCUCCUGCCCUCUUUCUGCCCAGGUGCCCCAAACUGCAAAGAGCUCUUGAAAAGAGGAGUGGUCCUGAGCGGCUGGUACACCAUCUACCCCCAGGAGUGCCAGUCCCUGGAGGUGCUGUGCAACAUGGACACCGACGGAGGCGGAUGGAUUGUCUUCCAAAGGCGGUUGGAUGGAUCGGUGGACUUUUUCCGGGACUGGGAACCCUACAAGAGGGGAUUUGGAAGCCAGCUGACCGAAUUCUGGCUGGGGAACAACAACCUUCACCGUUUGACCUCGCUGGGAAAGAAUGAGUUGCGUGUCGACUUGAUUGAUUUUGACAAUAAGCAUUCCUUCGCCAAAUAUGCGUCCUUCCAGGUGGCGGAAGAAUCCAACUGGUAUCGGCUAACUCUGGGCGCCUUCACGGGGGGCUCUGCAGGUGACUCUCUCUCCUACCACAACAACAUGCCCUUCUCCACCUGGGAAAAGCGGCUGAACCUCAAGAGCGUCAACUGUGCUGAGAAGUACAAAGGUGGCUGGUGGUACAAUGCCUGCCACUACUCCAACCUCAACGGGAAAUACUGGCUGGGAGAACAUAAGACCUUUGCCGAUGGCAUCAACUGGAAUACCGGAAAAGGCUACCACUACUCCUACAAGCACACCGAAAUGAAAAUCCGGCCUGUGGCUUAG